UUCGCGCAGUACAGAAAAGGCCUUGGGAAAUUCCAGUGCAAGUAAGAGUUAUUCUCCAUUCAGCUAAUUCAACUCCGACUUCGGGACAAUGUCCGUGAGGUGCGGCCAAUGUGCCCUGCUAUCCCGUGGCAGUCCUAAUUUUUUUCCCUCUCUUUCAUCCCCGCGAUCUGUACACGGGCCCCGGGGAGCUUCCAGCUGACGAGGGAAUGGGAGCCGAUGGAUCUCUCAGACAGAGCUGAGCUCCGGAACUCGGAGAAAGGGAACAAAAUCUUUUACAUCACCAGUUGAGAAAAUCACCUUUGUUCUACCUCCAAUCAUUAAUAAGAGAAAAUCUGCAGAUGCUGGAAAUCCAAACAACAGACACAAAAUUCCGGCGGAAUGCAUCAUUAGUACACAUUUCUACAGUUGCUGCCUGGCCUACUGAGUUCCUCCAGCAUUUUGUGUUAAAAAUGACAAGGGGUUUGUCCAUGGGAAUUCCAACAAAACACACAAGUUUUGCUGUCUCUGUCCAGAUAUUUAUGAAGUGGAGCAAGGGAUUCGCUCGAUCAUCCUUCCUGCUCAGACUGUGGGGUGCGAUUCACUCGAUCAUCUGACUAACUGGCACGUCUUUCAUUUUACACGAGGGAUCCCAUUCAUCUGCUCAGAAAGUGGGAAUUAAUUCAGUCUGUCAUUUCAACUGACGGUACAUCAGCAAGUUCACACUGGGCAAGGCCAUUCACCUGUUCUGUGUAUGAGAAGGGAUGCAGUCAGUCAUCCCACCUGUGGACACAUCAGUCAGUUCACUCUGGGCUGAGUCUGGUCAUUUGCUGAAUUUGUGGGGAAGGAUUCAGUUGGUCAUCUGACCUAAUGUCUCACCAGCGAGUUCACAACAGGGAGCGGUCGUUCACCUGCUCAGACUGUGGGAAAGGAUUCAGUUACUCAUCUAAGCUGAAGGUACAUCAGCGAGAUCACACUAGCGAGAGGCCGUACACCUGCUCGGACUGUGGGAAUGGAUUCACUCAGUCAUCUACCCUACAGAGUCACCAACAAGUUCACACUGGGGAGAAGCCAUUCACCUGCUCAGACUGUGGGAAGGGAUUCACUCAGUCAUCCACUCUACAGAGUCAUCAACGAGUUCACACUUGGGAGAAACUAUUCAUCUGCCCAGACUGUGGGAAGGAAUUCACUUUAUUAUCUCACCUACAGAGACACCAAUCAGUACACACUGGAAAGAGGCCAUUCUCUUGCUCAGUCUGUGGGAAAACAUUCACUCAGUCAUCCUACCUACAGAGUCACCAAUGAGUUCACACUGGUGAGAAGCUGUUCACCUGCUCAGACUGUGGGAAAGGAUUCACUUGGUCAUCUGAUCUACUGAGACACCAGCGAUUUCACACUGGGGAGAAACCAUUCACCUGCCCAGUCUGUGGGAAACAAUUCACUUUAUUGUCUCACCUACAGAGACACCAGUCAGUACACACUGGAAAGAGGCCGUUCACAUGCUCAGUCUGUGGGAAGGCAUUUACUCAGUCAUCCCACCUACAGAGUCACCAGCGAUUUCACACCGGGGAGAGGCCGUUCUCCUGCUCAGACUGUGGGAAAGGAUUCAGUCAGUUAUCCGAACUACAGAGUCACCAACGAGUUCACACUAGGGAGAAGCCAUUCACCUGCUCAGACUGUGGAAAGGGAUUCACUAGAUCAUCCACCCUAUUGGCACAGUCAGUUCACACUGGGGAGUGGCCAUUCACCUGCUGUGAAUGUGGGAAGGGAUUCACUCGGUCAUCUCAUCUACUGAAACACCAGAGAGUUCACUCUGGGUAGCGGCCAAUCACCCACUAAAAGAUUGGAAAGAGAUUCCCUCAGCCAGUGUGAAUUCACACUGGGGAGAGGCUGUUCACCUGCUGUGAAUGUGGGAAGGGAUUCAUUCAGUAAUCUAACCUUGUGACACACUGCUGGGUUGACACUGGGAAGAAAGUUUCAGUAAGCUUCAUGCUAGAGAUUUGUCCAUCACCGUUGCUGAGUGCAAUCUCAAGAGUGACUGUCGGUGCUGAACUCUGCAAUUAUUGCUGCUGCUCACCACAGCCAGUUCUGCACACUGGUCACUGGGCACGGGAGGAGUUUCAUAUAACCAUAUAACAAUUACAGCACAGAAACAGGCCAUCUCAGCCCUUCUAAUUCGUGCUGAACACUUACACUCACCUCGUUCCACUGGCACACACUCAGCCCAUAACCCUCCAUUCCUGUCCUGUCCAUAUACCUAUCCAAUUUUACUUUAAAUGACAAUACCUAACUAGUUUCUACCACUUCUACAGGAAGCUCGUUCCACACAGCUACUACUCUCUGAGUAAAGAAAUUCCCCCUCGUGUUACCCUUAAAUUUUUGCCCGCUAACUCAACUCGUGUCCUCUUGUUUGAAUCUCCCCUGCUCUCAAUGGCAAUAGCUUAUCCACGUCAACUCUAUCUAUCCCCUUCAUAAUUUUAAAUAUCUCUAUCAAGUCCCUCCUCAACCUUCUCUGCACAAAGAAUAAAGACCUAACUUGUUCAACCUUUCCCUGUAACUUAGAUGCUGAAACCCAGGUAACGUUAUAGUAAAUCUUCUCUCUACUCUCAUUAUUUUGUUGACAUCUUUCCCAUAAUUCUGUGACCAGGGCUGUACACAAUACUCCAAAUUUGGCCUAACCAAUUCCCUGUACAAUUUUAACUUUACAUCCCAACUCCUAUACCAAUGCUCUGAUUUAUAAAUCCCAGCAUACCAAAAGCUUUCUUCACCACCCUAUCCAUAAGAAAUUCCACAAUCAGGGAACUAUGCACCAUUAUUCCCAGAUCACGCUAUUCUACUGCAUUCUUCAAUGCCCUACCAUUUACCUUGUAUGCCCUAUUUGGAUUAUUCAUACGAAAAUGUAGCACUUCACACUUCUCAGCAUUAAACACCAUCUGCCAUCGUUCAGCCCACUCUUCUAACUGAACUACAUCUCUCUGCAAGCUUUGAAAACCUACUUUAUUAUCCAGAACAUCACCUACCUUAGUAUCAUCUGCAUACAUACUAAUCCAAUUUACCACCCCAUCAUCCAGAUCAUUAAUGUAUAUGACAAACAACAUUGGACCCAGUACAAAUCCCUGAGGCACAGCACUAGUCACCGGCCUCCAACCUCACACUACUCACUGGCAUCUCCCAUCCAGCCACUGUUGAAUUCAUUUUACUACUUCAAUUAAUACCUAACAAUUGAACCUUCCUAAAUAACCUUCCGUGUGGAACCUCUUACUGAAGUCCACAUAGACAACAUCAACUGCUUUACCCUCGUCAACUUUCCUCGUAACCUCUUCAAAAAAUUCAAUAAGAUUUGUCAAACGUAACCUUCCAUGCACAAAUCCAUGUUGACUGUUCCUAAUUAGACCCUGUCUAUCUAGAUAAUUAUAUAUAUACCAUACCUAAGAAUACUUCCAUUAAUUUACCCACCACUGACGUCAAACUGACAGGCCUAUAAUUGCUAGGUUUACUCUUAGAACCCUUUGUAAACAAUGAAACAACAUGAGCAAUAUGCCAAUCCUCCGGCACGAUCCCCAUUUCUAAUGACAUUUGAAAUACUUUUGUCAGAGCCCCUGCUAUUUCUACACUACCUUCCCUCAGGUUCCUAGGGAAUAUCCUGUCAGGACCCAGAAAUGUAUACACUUAUAGAUUCAUUAAAAGCACCAGUGGUUCAUCCUCUAAUCGUCAUAGUUUCCAUAAAUUCCCUACUUGUUCCCCUUACCUUACACAAUUCAAUAUCCUUCUCCUUAGUGAAUAGCGAAGAAAAGAAAUUGUUCAAAAUCUUCCCCAUCUCUUUUGGCUCCACUCUGAUUCUCUAAGGGACCAAUUUUAUCCCUUACUAUCGUUUUGCUAUUAAUUUAACUGUAGAAACCCUUUGGAUUUAUUUUCACCUUACUUACCAAAGCAACCUUGUAUCUUCUUUUAGCUUUUCUAAUUUCUUUCUUAAGAUUUUUCUUACAUUCUUUAUAUUCCUCGAGCACCUUAUUUACUCCAUGCUGCCUAUAUUUAUUGUAGAUAUCUCUCUUUUUCCUAACCAAGUUUCCAAUAUCCUUCAAAAACUAUGGCUCUCUCAAACUUUUAACCUUUCCUUUCAACGUAACAGGAACAUAAAAAUUCUGUACCCUCAAAAUUUCACCUUUAAAUGACCUCCAUUUCUCUAUUACAUUCUUCCCAUAAAACAAAUUGUCCCAAUCUAUUCUUUCUAAAUCCUUUAACAUCUCCUGAAAGUAGGGCCUUUCUCCAAUCAAAAAUCUCAACCCUGGGUCUAGUCCUAUCCUUCUCCAUAAUUAUAUUCAAACUAAUGGCAGUAUGGUCACUGGACCUGAAGUACUCCCCAACAUAUACCUCCGUCACCAGGCCUAUUUCAUUCCCUAAAAGAAGAUCCAACACUUCCCCCUCUCUAGUCGGUACCUCUAUGUAUUGCUGCAAACAACUAUCCUGCACACAUUUUACAAACUCCAAACCAUCCAUCCCUUUUACCAUAUGGUCUUCCCAGUCUAUGUGGAGAAGUAAAAUCUCCCACAAUCACAACCCUGUGCUUACUACAAAUAUCUGCUAUCUCCUUGCAAAUUUGUUCCUCCAAUUCUGACUAACUAUUAGGUGGUCUAUAAUGCACCCUUAUAAAUGUUACUACACCUUUCCAUUUCCUCAAUUCCACACAAAUAGGCUCCCUAGAUGAGCCCUCUAAUCUAUCCUGCCAGAGCACCACUGUAUUAUUUUCUCUGACAAGCAACGCAACACCUCCCCCUCUUGUCCUUUUGAUUCAAUCACAUCUGAAGCAACGAAAUCCAGGAAUAUUUACUUUUCAAUCACGCCCCUCCUGCAACCAUGUUUCACUGAUAGCAACAACAUCAUAUUUCCAGGUAUCAAUCCAUGCUCUUAGCUCAUCCACCUUUCUUACCAUGCCCCUAGCAUUAAAAUAAAUGCAUUAAAGAAAUUCUCCACCUCUUCUUCUCUGUUUAUCUCUAACAGUACAAAGAACAUUACUGUCUUAUUUUUCUUCCUUCUCCCAUGCAUCUGUUCCUACUCUCUGGUUCCCCUCCUCCUCCCCCCCCCCCCCCACCUCCGUACCUAGCUUAAAUCCACUGGAGCCUCUCUAGCAAACCUGCCUGCAAGAAUAUUUGUCCCCCUCCAGUUCAGAUGUGAAACGUCCCGCUGGAACAGGUCCCACCUUCCCUGGAAAACUGCCCAAUUAUCUACAAAUCUGCCCUUCCUCCUGCACCAUGUCUUCGGCCACGUGUUGAUCUGCAGUAUCUUACUAUUUCUAAACCCACCUGCACGUGGCACUGGUAGCAAACCUCGCCAAAGCCGGCCUACUCUGCCUCAGUCCACUCCGACGCCGGCCACUGUAUAUGGCGGUCUUUCUUUUUAAAACUUUGGCGCACUGCGUCACGCGCCUGUGCAGUCUAACAUCUUUGCCCAAAUCAUUUAAAAUAAACAGCUUCUCUCCGAGCUUCUUUUACCUCUUCCCUCUCCGCCUCUUGCCGUGAUUUAAAUAACCAUUGAAAACUUCCUCUCCUUUUUAUACCUUUGGCACGGUACGUUUCUUCUCCAGACUGAAGAAGUCAAUCUGACUGAAAUUCUGUCUGAGAUGUCCUUCGCCCUUCUAAUCUCUGGGCUGAGGAAGAAUGACAUUGGUAGUUAACCUCCUUAACCUCGACUCAUUUUCAUAUUAUGGGUCAUUUUCUCUCCUGAGAAAGAACUCCUGUCCUCUGAAGACUGAAAGCAGAAUGGGAAACCAUCAGUUGGAUGUUCCAACGAAGCAGGGACAGAAACCAGAUGCAGGUCUGCACAGGGCAGAGUUUGGGGCUCUGAACGAUGGUCGGGGUAAGAUCGUAUGAUGAGGAGAAGGGAAUGAGCAGCGGGGUGUGGCAACGAAUGACAGAGUAUCAACAUUUAGAAGCUGAUUGACAGAGAAAAUCUUUCGGUUGUCUGACUGAUAACAUAAACAAUACCUGUGGUGAGGUGCUCCACUGGUUGAGGAAGAUGUGCAUGUUGGGAAUGGUUUUAUCUAUUCAGGGAGUUGUUCCUGCUUGUUAUCCUGUAAUAUUAAUAAUGGCCUCCAAGGUUCCCCAGCAUUUUGUGUAUGUGUUGCUUGGAUUUGUAGAAUCCACAGAUCUUCUCCUGUUUUUGAUAAGAGCAAAAGUUGGGUUAUAUAAUAUAGCAAGAAAAUAGUAAGAAGUUAGAGGAUUGGAAAGCUUUGACAUAACCAACAGAAGACAAAUAAAAAACACAGGAUAGACAAGACGAAAAAUUAAGGUAAGUGAGCCAAUAAUAUAAAGUAUCAAAAGUUUUUCGGAUAUAUAAAGAGUAAAAUUGAGGCAAGAGAUGAUAUUGCACCACUGGAAGAUGAUGCUGGUGAGUUAAUAAUAGAGGAAAGAAACAGCAGCCGAAUGUAAUAAGUAUUGUGUGUCAAUCUUCACUGCGUAAGACGCUAGCAGUAUAAGACCAUAAGACAUAGGAGCAGAAUUAGGCCAUUCAGCCCAUCAAGUCUGCUGCGCUGUUCUAUCAUGGCUGAUCCCAGUUCUCACUCAACCCCACGCACCUGCCUCCUCGACAUAUCCUGUAAUGCCCUGAGUGAUCAACAAACUAUUAGCUUCUGCCUUAAAUGUACCCACAGACUUGGACCCCACCGCCGUCUGUGUCAGAGAAUUCCGCAGAUUCACCGCUCUCUGACUAAUUAAAAUCCUCCUUAACUGCUCUAAAAGGUCGCUCCUCAGUUUUGAGGCUGUGCCCUCUGUUAUGGCUACCCCCAUUAUACAAACUGUCCUCUCCUGAUCCACCCUAUCUAGAGCUUUCCACAUUCGGUAGGUUUCAGUGAGAUAUACCCCCCACCACCUGCAUUUAUUAAACAUAGGUAAGUGCAGGAGUAGAGGCCCAAGGCUGGCAAACGCUCCUCAUACCUUAACCCUUCAUUCCAGGAAACAUCAUCUUGAACAUCCUCUGGACUCUCUCCAACGACAACACACCUUUUCUGAGAUAUGGGUCCCACAUCCUCUGUGCAGCAUAAGUAGUGUAUUCUAAAAUAUCCACAUUAUCUCCUUGCUUACAUAUUCUGAUUCACUUUAAAUAAAUGCCAGUAUUGCAUUUGCCUUCUUUACCAUAGGCUCAACCUGUAAAUUAACCUUCUGGGAGUCUCGCCCGAGGACUCAUAUUACCCGCUGUACUUCUAAUGUUUGAAACUUCUCCCCAAUCAGAUAAUAGUUCACUAUUGUUUCUUUUGCCAAAAUGCAUUAUCAUACAUUUCCUAAUAUUUAAUGCUAUCUGCCACUUUUUUGCCCGGUCUUCCAAUUUGUCUGUGACUUGCUGCAAUCGUAUUGCUUCCUGAGCCGGACCAACACCUCCACCUAUCUUUGUAUCACCCGUAAACCUUGCCACAAAGCCAUCAGUUCCAUUAUGCAACUCAUUGACAAACAUUGUGAAAAGUAGCGGACCGAAUACUGACCCUUGUAGACCACAAGUCACUGCUAGCCAAACAGAAAAGGUUCCUUUUAUUCCCACUCGCUGCCUCUUGGCUGUCAGCCAUUCCACUAUCCAUGCCAGUAUUUCUUCUGAUUUUUAUCCUGUUCAGCAGUCUCAUGUUUGACACCUUAUCAGAAGCAUUUUGAAAGAUUAAUUAAAUUAUAUCCACUGCCUCUCGUUUGUCCAUCCUGCUUAUGACUUCCUCGAAGAACUCUAACAGACUUGUCAGGCAAAAUUUCCCUGUAAAGAAACUAUGAUGGCUUUGACUUAUUUUAUCAUUAGUCUCCUAGUACCUCAAAACCUCAUCUGUUAUGUUAGACUCAAACGCUUUCACAGACACUGAGGUUAGGCUAACUAUAUAUAUAUUUUUUAAUUGCCUGGUGUUGAAUUUUAAAAGAUACCCAAUUAUCUAACUUCCUACUCACUUUUGCUACCUUAUAUGCACUUCCCUUGGCUUUUAUGCAGUCCUUAACUUCCUUUGUCAGCCACGAUAGCCUAGACCCGCCAUUCACUUUGGAAAGACGAGUUUGAAGGCAAAGUACAUGGUUAACAGCAUGAUUGGUCAUGGUCCGGAUUGGUUUCCCUUUAGUUUACCUAGUUUGUGUUACGAUCCGGACCGUUGACUCCUUGUUUACCUUUAAUUCCCUUUUUUCCCGUGUCCCUUGGGCUUGGUAAUUAAAGGCAUGUUACUCUCGACCGAACUGGCAGUUUAUAAGUCUCUGGGUUCAGCCAUUCGGCAUGAGAACAUUAACGAAGUCACCGAGGUCAGUGACAGCAAAAGUCAUCUAGCAGGAUCCCUGCAUCGCCCUGCCUCUGCCUGGAGCUUUGUCUUGCCUUGCUUCGCCUUGCCUGUGUCUCAGUCUCGCCCUGUUUGCAACUGUCUGUCGGUGUCCGCAUCUUCGAUAGGCAUGUCCGGCCAUUUUGCCGCUACUUAGCGUUCGGAACUGUCUCAUCGUGUCUGCGUUCUGUGUGACGACUCCCGGCCCUACGACCUGUACCCAAGGAGGGGUCCCGGCUCGGUGUUCCAUGUUCCUAUCCUCCCUCGACCCAGGCUCAAUGUUCUGCGUUCCUGUCUCUCCCUCGACCAAGGCUCUGGUGUUCCAAGUAUCAGGUCCUGG